AUGGCUACAGCAACACAUUCUACUAAGCCAAAUACAUAUGAUUCUCAUAAACACAAGGAAAAAGUAAAUCGACGUCCUGAAGGAUCGUCGAAUGUGCAUCGUCUAUCAUCAAAUACAACUUCAAGUGGUUCAGUACCAAAACGAUAUCAAAGUGUUUUUAUAGAAGGUACACCAUUAACAUCAUUUGGUAUAAUAAACGAUGAAAAUCAACUACGUUCACAUUCUCCACCUAAUCAUACUCAACCACAGUCUCAUCAACGUCCACUUAAGCCUGUUAAAGAAUUUCUAACUACACAUCCGCUAAAUGAUCAACAAUUCGAUAAUCGUUGGCCUUCAAAUUCUCAAAGAAAUAGUCAUACACGUUCUCAGACGGAAGCAACUGUACAAAAUGUAAAUGCAGCAGUGUCAAAAUCAUUAAGAAAAUUACGUCAAGAACCACUCAAUACAGCUAAAACAACGAACAGUCGUUCACCAUCAGCAGACUCAGGAACAGUUCCUUCUCGACCGACAAGUCGAAUAACAUCUCAUUUAAAUAAUGAUGCAGCAACAGCAUCACAUUUUUAUUAUCAAUCAUCCGGUGGAACAAAAGGUCCUCUUCCUCCUCAACUUAUUUCAAAACGUCCAUCAACUUCACGAACAUCAAAUAAUCGAAUUUCAGCCGAAACUAGUCCAUCGAAUAUACGACAAUCUAUGACUCCAACACAGAACAUGAUUAAAUCAACUGAUACUGGUAAUAAUGCACAUGUAUCUUCGCCAACACGUGUACCUACUAAAAGUCCUGAUAUAGGCUUACAUCAAUUAGAUGAAUUUGAUUUUGAUAGAAUUCCAAUCGAUGAACAUUUUGAUAAAUUUAAAAAAUCUAGAGAUGGAUCAAGUUCUCAAACAACAACAACAACAAGAUCUUCAUCUCGAAAACAAUCACUUGCACCACGUGCACCAAGUGCUGAUAAUCAACAUCGUUCAUUACCGGAAGUAAGUGUUCAUCCACAUAUUCAAAGUUCUGUACAAAGAAAUAUUGAACCAUUACAACAUAUACAUGAAUCAAUUCCAAAUAGUAUAUCAGCUGAACAAAUUCAUCCACAAAUACAUGAAAAUUAUCCUAGUACAGAUUUAGAUACAGUUGAAAAAUAUACAAAUCAUCAUCAUAUUCAAGUAGAACCAAUAGGUACAUUUAAACGAUUAUCAUCUCCAGUUAAACAUCAACAAAUUGUUGAUAUUCAUCCAAAUGUUAUUGUACAACAUCAACGAUCCGCAUCAAGAUCUGAUUUAGAUGGAAAUAAUCGUCUAUCAGCCGCAAAACGUGCACUCGAUGAAGCAUAUGUUGAACGAGAAAAUACUGGUGCACAAUUAUUAAAUUUUCAAAAUACACAUACGAACAAUGAUAAUGAUAGUGCAUCGACAUUAAAAGCUUAUGUAGAUCAACAACAUGAAAGAAAAACUUCAGGGGCAUCACCACCAUCACCAGCAACUCGUGAAUUAAAUCGUAUUUGGAAAAAACAACGAAAUAAAUAUUCGAUUAGAUCUCCGCCAACAUCUUUAGCUAUUCGUAAAAAUACAAAACCACAUCGACCACCAGGUCGUUUGAAAAAUUAUGAAGAUGAAUCGGAUUCGGAAACAACUGCAACUGAAACUCAAAGUAGAGAAGAAGAUAUGGUUCGUCGUCAUGGUCUACCACCGAGUGAUCUCGGUAGUGACGUUUGGUCUGAUUUAACAAGUGAAUUUAGUGAUACAAAAUUACGUAAACAUCCAAAUAUUCGAACAUCAACACCAAAUAUAACUGCACGUAGUUCUAGUAUGAGUUCGAAAGAAAUUGGACAAAUACGAAGACAAUUAACUGAUCUACAAAUUAUGUAUAAUGAUCUUCUUAAACUACUUGAUAUGGAUGCUGAAUCUGUUCGAGGUAGUGUUAAAUCAACUGUUUCUUCUCAUAUUGAUCAUAAUAGUCGACGACAUCGUUUUCGAAAAAUUAUGCCUGCUUUAUCUAUACGUCAUUCCAAUGUUGAUUUAGGAGAAGUCAAUCAACGUUUUGCACGACUUGAAGCAUCAGUAGUAACAUUAGCUGAAUCAAUUGCUAAAUUAUCUGCACAAAUUCAAGCACAACGUACUGUUAAAGAUGAUGUUUUUCGUUUACGUCAAGAGGUAGGUGAUUUACGUCAACAAUUAUAUCAACAAUAUUCACGACAACAAUCUGCAAUACCACAACCUCCUCCUAUAGCAUCAUCUGUAUCAGCGACAUACCAACAACCGUCACGUUUAAUAUCUGCCAAUGUUCAACGUUUAGCUACUAUAAAUAGUACAAAUCCAUCAAAUUUUUCCACAUCUUAUCUACCAUCAACAUCAACUAUGCAACGUUCAAAUUCAAUUAUUGAUCCAAGACAAGCACGAAAAAUUGAACAAUUUUUUGGUACGGAAACAAUGCUUCGUUAUUUUUUAAGUUUAUUAAAUUAUGAAGAAUAUGCUCCACGACUUGAACGUGAAAAAAUUGGUAUCUAUGAAUUACCAUAUGUAAGUGAAAGAAAAUUACAAAGUCUUGGUAUACCAUAUGGACCAUGUGCUCGUAUUAUUUAUGAAGCACAACAAUAUUUUAUUUCAUUAUUAACAUUAAAAUCGGGUGGAAUUGAUGUAUAG